AAUAUUACAAAAUACAUUUGAAAACUACACAACUCUCUAAAAUGCAAAUCAAUUAAUCGUUUCUUCUAUCUAAAACUUUUGGCUUUUAUCUAAAUUUAAAAUUUGUUUAUUAAAAUAAUUGUUGUUGAAAAAAAUUGUUUAUUAUUAUUGAAAAAAAAAAAAAAUGGCAUUGCAAAACUUGCUUCAAAGGUGUGUGCUAGGUUUCACGAAAAUCGGCCCAAUUGCGCCGACAUCCUUUAUACAGCCCGUGCGAUUUUCGAGUUCGGUAGGCGGUUGUAUAUUACCGAAACACAAGAAGAAGCCAACCAAACCCCGGCUAGGACGUAAAUGUAUACCCUGGAAAGUACCCGUUUGCAGUGAGGAAGUGCUAAAGAAGAAACGCAAAUUGAAACCGUGCCAAAUGAAAGCCGACAUACAAACAAUCGAUCCCGAAUGCUGUGAUAAUCCAUGUAUCGAUAUGUAUCCACGUUUUGAUGAUCUCUAUUAUGCACCGUCGGAGAAGAAUCGUAAAUAUCAGCAAACUUGGUGUGAAUUUGGUAGUUUACGUAUAAAGAAGCGACCGAUUUGUUGCUACGAACAAUACGAUAUUCCAAUGCCGAAACGGCGCAAACCGAAACGUGGCACUGGCCACGAUUCGUGCGAAAUAGCUAGGCAAUGUCCGAACGUAUCGCCGAAAUGUGUGAAACUCGUUUGGCCCGGUUGUCGCACUAAGAAAUGCGAAUUUAAAUGCAAAUACUAUCCACCGCCGAAGGAUUGCCUAAAAAUCUGUACGCCAUAUCCGAGUUUUUCGGAAUGUGACAGACCAUUGCCUAAACCAUUGCAUCCAGUCGAAUGUAAAUGCUUGGAAUGGACUGGUUUUUGUCCAAUAUAAAAAAAAUUGAAAAGAAACAUACAAAAUUAUGUACACAUAAUUUGAAUAUGAAAAGUAAAAAGCUCAGAUUUAAAUAAAAUUAAAAAUUAUUUUAUACGUAA